CGCCAGGGAAAGUCGCAACGCGAGAUUGUCUCAGAGACCCAUAUCCCUCGAAGAACAGUACGCCGCAUUCUUAAGCAGGAAUCUAGUCGGAGAGAGCGCAAAAGAAAGCUCUCUAGACACCAUCUCAUGUCUAUAUGCGACAUACGUUGUUGCAUUCGAACCAUUUCCAAAAACUGGAGCUCUAGGCGCAUGACUUUUGAGGCUCUCAAAAAGCAACUACCCUACCUACCCUCGGUGCGCACCAUUCGUCGAGAAUUAGCCCGGGCUGGCUACCGCCGCUGCAUUGUAUGCCCUCGACCAUAUAUUACCCUCAAACAAGCUAGGAAGAGAUAUGUAUUUGCCAAGGAGCAUAGAUGGUGGGGGACAUCAGACUAUGUAGCUCAUAGAGAUGAUGGCAAGCAAGGAGGGGACUGGAGGAAGGUUGUAUGGUCUGAUGAG